AUGGCCUCGCACGCUCAGCUGGCUUCUUCCUCCGCCAAGGGCGCGUGCAGAUGCCACCCGGCACUGCCCAUGAGGAAGUCGUGCCGAGCUGGCCAAAGGGGAAUGGCGGUCAGGGUGCGGGGGGAACAAGGGUCUUCAAGCAGAGGUCCCUUUGAUGAGGGGGCCGCACAGGUCAAGCGGCUGGUGAACCGUGACCGUGCGAAUUUUUCUGGGAAGGGGUUUGAGCGGCUGUUGGAAGAGGAAUUUGAGGAAGGGGCGGAAGGAGGCAAAAAGGCAGAAGAUCAGGGAAACGGAGCAUCUUCUUCCACCAGGGAACCCUCAUCUGCAACCGACUCUUCGAAGGCUGCAGCAAGCUUCAAGCUUCGCUCCAGUCCUUUCUCAGCACCAGGACUGUCUGGCAGCAACCCCUUUGGCCCGGGCUCUUCUUCCAGCCCAUUCGGCAUGCCCGAGAGUGGGACGGGGAAAGAGGACAUGAAGAAUGAGUCUGAUGAGCCCUGGUGGGCCUUUGUCAAGAAGAUCACUCUCACCCAAGUGGUGUUGUUUUGUACCUUCUCAUCUAUGCUUGGCUUGAUGGUGGGCACCUUCUUGGUGGUUUACAAUUCAGGGGCUGUGCAUUUCAACGAGUGA